GUUGUCCACUCCUCCUUCCCGUCCAUGAGGCUGAUUUGGCUCCAGAUAUAAACACAGAGCUGCUCUCUGUCCCCGCUGCGCUCCUCAGUCUCCUCACAAACAGCAGGCAGUUAGUUUGCUCCAAGAGGCAGAGAAAACAGAAAAAAAAAAAAAUAGAAGAAGCAGGAGGGGACGAUCUCUGGCACAUUUCCCAGGAUGGAGAAGGAUUCUCCAUCCAAGCCAUCUGUGGCUGAGCUGGCUGGAAGGUUCAAAGGUCAUAUUCUACCAAUGCCCGCUUCAAAUGACGAGCUGUCAUUUCGAAGAAGACCUCCAUGUUCCCUGAAGUUGCAACAUCAGAAAGACGAUAAUGAAGAAUCAGAUAAAACUGUUGUCUCUCCAAAACCUUUUAAAAUCAAGAUGAAGAACUCCCCCAUCAUUGAGAAACUACAGGCAAACCUUGCUCUGUCGCCCACUGCUCUGCUGCCUACGCCCAAGAGCCCUGAGGGGAAGCUGCAGUCGGCACCAUUGUCCCCCACCACGACCUGCAGCCCACAGAGCCCACAGAGCCCUCUGAGCCCCACCCUGAGGUCCUCGCGCCUGUCCAGUGAGGAGGAGGAUCCCGUUGGCUUCGACAGCCCUCCCGAAGGCGCCCCGCUACCGAGCAUCAACAAGACUCGUGCACGACUAUCAUUCAAGAGGCGCCCGCCCACGAGACAGCACAGGAGGUCAGCUGGAGAGGAGGCAGGAGCGUUCGGGAACGGUCUGUCCCCCAGUGAACAAUACAGCCCGAAAGAAAAUGGGGACAAGGAGCAGAUUUCCGACAGCCCAGCAGAGGAAGCUGAAUGUGGGCAACUGAGCAGUCUGGAAGAAGCUGAAGACAAGGACAGGGACUGUGGACUGACAGAGGACAAGGUAGCAAAGAGUGACCCAGACAGUAACGGAGAUCCAGAGGUGGAGCUGGAAGCAGAACAAGCCCGGGGUUCGGGGGCUUCGGAGGAGAAGCAGCAACCUUCAGAACCUUGCCCUGCUGAGAUGAUGGAAGGCAAUGUUAAGACAGAAGAGGGGCAGGAGGAGAUGCCUCAGGAGGCACACCAGGAAUGAAAUGACAGGGUGUGAACUGUGAAUGUUUACUUUAAGAAAAAAAUAUAUAUACGUGUAAGUUAUUCAGUGCUUUGAUUAAGAGAACUCCUCAGAAAGAGUUCAUCUGUUCAUUUGUUGGUACCCCCUCUGUUUUAAUACCCUCUGCCGCCCUCUCCAGGCUGUAUACAGAACAGGUCUAUACACACUGGAGAGUUCCGAGAAGCAGCUGUUGCUCUGCACAUGGGAAUAAGCAUCACUGUUUAUACUGCAUCCAUGAUCAGAGGAAAUUACCUUCAUGUUGUAAUAAGUCUGCAUGACCAGACUCCUAUUUUUGUGACAAACAGACUCUUUGUUGUCUUUACUGAGAUGUGACACAAGUCAGAGACAUUGUUAACAAUGCACUUCCACGUUUCUGUCGCAUACACAGAUCUUUCAAAAUACCCAAAUGCUGGGUUGGCAAAAGACAAAAAACUAAUAUUAGAUUUCAUAUAUAUAUUAGCAGAUAAAUAUCCUGGCAUCGUACUAGACCUCUAUCACUUUAAGUUCAAAUUAUUAUUAAACUUUGCUUUAUUUUCUCUUGA